AAGCUUUCCACCGCACGUUUCUUCCGCCCCGGCCCGUUUCACCGGCCUUCAUCUCCGCCGGCGCAAUGCACACACCAGCCCAGCCGCAACACCACCGCGCCCUCGUACCCCAAUUCUCGCAACCCCGUUCGCGCGGCCUGUCUCGGACAGACUGACGGCAGGCAAUGCUCUGCGCACACAUGGCCGCGCUAUAUAACCCCCUCUGCUCCCACGCCACCACCCACUCUCCCACCAUCUAAUUCCCCUGCACAAUGAAGUCCCCCGCGCUCGCCCUCCUGGCGCUCCCCACCGCGCUCGCCCUCCUGGCGCUCCCCACCGCGCUCGCCGCCUCCGGCUGCCGCACCCCACUGCCCCCGAACCUGGCGCCCGGCACCUCAACGCACAACCUCACGCUGGCGUCGCGCUCCGUCAUCGGCACGACCACGCAGCGCGAGUACAUCCUGCACCUGCCGGCGGGGUACAACGCGAGCAACGACGAGCCGGCGCCGCUGAUCGUGGCGUUCCACGGGCAGAGCCAGCCGGCGUGGAGCAUGGAAAGGAUUAGUGGGUUUUCGGAUCCCGCGUGGAAUACUGAGGCGGUGGUGGUGUAUCCGCAGGGGCUGGAUGUGCAGGAGCCCGGUGUCCAGUGGCUCGGCGACCCCCUCGCGCCCCCCGCCUCCCAGAUCGACGACCGCCUCUUCGCCACCGAGCUCCUCGACCACCUAACCUCAACCCUAUGCCUAGACCCCUCGCGCCUCUACGCCGCCGGCCUGUCCAACGGCGGCGGCCUGACCGGGCUGCUGAUGUGCGAUCCCGUGCUCAACACGCGCUUCGCGGCCUUCGCCACCGUGGCGGGUGCCUUCUACCCGGACGCCAGCACGCCCGCGCCGCUGUUCGAGGGCGCGUGUCAGCCCGCUCUCGGCGGGAGGAAGUUGCCGUAUCUGAAUAUGCAUGGGCGCGCGGACGCGGUGGUCGCGUAUAACGGGACCAACGUGCCGCCGCCGGCGAGUAUUCCCGUGCCGGAGUGGGUUGGCUCGUGGGCGGCGCGGAACGGGUGCGGGGCGCCGCGGGUGCGUGAGGCGGAGGCCGGGACUGUGCAGGAGAGCACGUGGACGUGUGGGGGUGUCGACGCGGUGGUGCAUCGUGCGAUCGACGGGUUUGGGCACGGCUGGCCCAGUGUGAAGAACCAGGGCGAGCCGUUUGAGACGCUGCGCGGUGGGCCGACGACGUGGGAUGCUACGCCGUUGAUUCUGGAGUGGUUUGGGAGGUGGGCGCUGUAGGUGCGUGGGGGGUGUUCAUGGGGAGUGUGUGUGGGGGGGACGG